CUACUUCCAUUUCACUCGUGUGUUUCCAGAGAUCACGACCGAGGUUAAACAGCCGGACUGACGCAAGCGCUGGAGAUCAAGAGGAAAUAACAGUUAUCCUGUAACGCUAACUGAGGAGAGACUGGGUGUCCAGAGUCCAUCUCUCGCUGCCAUGAGCGCCCCUUGGAUUUUAAAAACCACGGCUAGAGGUGUCGUCGGGACUCUGGGGUCAGUGCUGACCAGAUCUGGCGCCGUGUCUAAAUCCAUGCGAAAAAUGUCUAGACAAGCUGACCACCUUGAAAGGACGGCUAAUGUUUAUAGGCAAGAGGCCCUGUUUACUGCUCGAGUGUGCAGUAUCACAAACGAGUCCGACACAGUCAAGAGACUCCGACUAGAAGUGCCACAUCCUGACUUUAGCUUUCGUGCUGGCCAAUGGGUGGACUUUUUCAUCCCGGGCAUGGAGAAGGUGGGUGGUUUCUCUGUGUGCUCCAGCCCUGGCCUUCUGCAAAGAAAAGGAGUUAUAGAACUUGCAGUGAAGUACGCAGAACACCCGCCUGCGCACUGGAUACACACCAAGUGCACAGUGGACUCUCGUGUGGCAGUGAGAAUAGGCGGCAAUUUCUGCUUUGACCCCAGCCCAUCCGAUUCCGUGAUGGACCUCCUGCUGGUGGCUGGUGGGGUGGGCAUUAACCCCCUGUACUCCAUCCUAAUGCACACAGCCGACCUGCUCAAACAUCCGCAUGGAUACAUCCCAGGACGCACUCACCUCUGUUACAGUGCCAAGAACACAGAAGAACUGCUUUUCAAAAAUAGCAUCAUCAGUGUUUGUGGGGAAUUUCCGGAUAACUUUUCCUGCAGCUUCCAUGUGACUCGACAGAGCUCUGAAGUAGAGCAGGAACUGCAGCCCUACACGACUAGUGGAAGGAUAUCAGAAGAGGUGCUGAGGCAUCAUGUAGAUCCCCAGCGCACAUUAUGUUAUUUGUGCGGUCCACCACCCAUGAUUGAGUGUGUUUGCAUAGACUUGCAACAGGUUGGCCUGCCACAGGACAGAAUCCUUUAUGAGAAGUGGUGGUAGCUUUCGGCUUAGAUGUCUACAGCCUGUAGUACCUCAACGGUCAGAACAAACAAAAAAGCUAGAUGGACCAGUAAUUUAAACGCACAAUUGUAUACAAUUAGUAACUUUUUAUUAUCUGUGCAAUUCACUGUCUUCUUCUUCAAGCAGCAGCUUACUUUUAAAGUCAUGUGUUGUGUGUUCGGGAUACUACAGUUAAAAUCAAGCAAAAGAGGUGAAGCCAUUUUUAACUGUAAAUAGCAGUACACAGGAAAAAGUUUGUAUUUUUUUUUUACUUUGAACUUAAUAUUUAUUUAUAACAGUAGCUCCAAUCAGUUUCUAGAGAACAUUGGAAUGAAUAUGGCAACGUGUCUGCUUGAGUGCAAAGUUGUAAAACAAGUCACCGUGGCACCGUUUACACCUUACAUCAUUUUUUUCAGAAUUGGGUCACAUUCAGAUUUCACUGCAUGGAAAAUCCAGGUGUAAACACACACAUCAGGAUGUACUGUGAUCAGAUCCCGCAGACCUCAUUCAUAGGCGGUCAAAGGCUGAUCUUCACUGGAUUCAACGCAAGUGUAAACACAAUGCGUUUUCUAGAUCUGUAUGCAAAUCCAAUAGCAGAAAUGUGUCUGCCGACUGCUUACUAGCAGCUGAAAGGAUGAAAAGUGCCUAAAACCAAACUUCCAUCAAACUUGUAUCAUAACAGGAAAACACUGUGUUAAUGUGCUUUUUACGCGGGGAAGCAAAAUCAAAUCUCAGCUGGUCACCCUGAGGAUGCAUGUGUAUCCAAAUACUGCCAGACAUGAAACACAUGGUAAGGCAAGAUGUAAACAACCUUGAAGGGACGUCUCUCCAUUCACUAUAAUGUGAAUCACAUCAAUGGCAUAUAUAUAUAUAUAUAUAUAUAUAUAUAUAUAUAUAUAUAUAUAUAUAUAUAUGAAACACCAUGGGGUUUAGUGGAGCCCUGAUGAUCAGUUUUUGAAAGAAAUGAAGAGGAGCUUCAUGUCUUAUGUGCCUCAUAUGCCUGUAGCUGUAAAAUAAAGAAAGGAAUAUUAUUGUUUUUGA